CUCGUUGGGUGUCGCGCAGUCGAGCAACCCCGUGCUGCUCGGCAGCUCAGUUGUCCAUCGCCGCGACGACGACACGGUUGCGCCACGACGACGACGACGACGACGACGGCGACGACGACAGACAGACGUCACCGGGACUACCCCCCGAGAGGCACGCUCGCUUUUCUCUCGUCCAUACGUAGCCACGGUUCGUUCGGUUCGGGUCGAGUUUUUCCGCAGACCACGUCAGUGAGAAUCCAGUAUUCCGAUGCGAACGUAAUCCAGCGGCCGCAGUGGUGUUGUCAGUGAAUCGUCCGACGGAUCUCGACGCCUCGUUACCAGUGCACGAAUCCAGCCGAAGGGAGGACGAAGGCCGGUCCUGAGUUCUAGAACAGUGACCGCGGGUCGAUCAUCGCCAGAUUCGUAGGCGAGCGACGAGGGAGAGGAACGAGGAAGAGGUUGCUCUGUCCCUGAAAUUCAAUCUGACGCGGACGAGGGGGCCCGAGGUUCCACGAAUUUCCAUGCGCAUCGUUCAGAGUUUUGUUCGCCGCCGUGAAUGAGCCCGUCACGUGCUAUCGUGAAUAGAAUAUCCCUUGGACAGAGAUAAGGUUCUAAUUGUCCCCGGGGCUGGUUCGGCCCGGCCGGUGUUCGACCAACGCAGGAAUCCGUACCUGAUCACAACGAAACGGACGUUCAACGAAUAGACUACAAGUGCGAGAGGUUAGACGCGUAGUUUUCUAGACAGUAGACGUGUUUAAGGGUGAAACGAGACACGAAGUACCGCGAGGAGUGAGGCAGGAUUCGUUUCUAGUCGUCGCUCAGGUUGCCGUCGCUCGCCGCAAGCUACCUGCUCAAGUCCCUCCGCUCGAAGGAUCGCUCGAUUCUACUUUUACAACGAAGAUAAGUCGAAAACGCUAAGCUAUCUUGUAACCCUUUUGCCACCGAGAAUCGCUCGCAGCUCGAGGCAUUUUCAAUAAUGGAGAUCUAUGAAAACACUUAGGGCCACCGACGGGUCCGUCAGCCUGUUUCUCGAUUCACGGAAAACUGUUCCAUAUAUUUUUCACGAAAUCCGUUGAAUCAACUUCGCGGCAGGCCUAUAGUAGAAAUCGGCUAUCAGCGAUCGUUGAAAUGACACGAACGUAAUACGUGUCGCGAGUAUUUGACCGCCGUCGGAUCUCGAGCGAGCGCAUUAUGCCAGGGCCUAGCGAUAAUAACUUGGUCACUUUAUUAUACCCGUUCAACUUCGAGGAUCAGAACUGAUCGUCAGCGAGCAUCGAGCAGCAGGUCAACGAAUUCAAUCGAGGAACUCGAAUUUCCAAACAAAGUUCCUACGAAUCUCUACGGGAGAGAGCAACUUGUCGCCAACCCGACUGACUCCGACGAGUUUCGAGCCAAAUUGCCGACAGACUGUCACAGAGGCAGGAUGUCGUUUUGAAUCGUGAAUCGUAAACCGACGAAGAAUCCAAGAUGCCGCAGCGGUCGCCGUUCGCGAUCCAAGAGCUGCUGGGGUUGAACGGUACCGGAAACGGUAGCGGUACCGAUCGCGGCUCGCCCCAAGGCUCGCCGCCGGCCGGAGUCUCGGCCGUGUCGUACGCGCCCACCGCGCCUCAUCACAAGCUAUGGGACUACAUGCCGAGCCUUACGAAUCAUCUGGGCAAUCUGGGGAAUCUUGGGAAUCUGGGCAACCUCACGGCCUCGCGGAUGGCCUACCUGAAUGCGCAGGCGGCCGUCGCGGCUGCCUUCCUGCCGCCGCCCCACCCCCACCCGGCCCACCACGUACCGCAUCAUCAGGUACAUCAACCGGGCCAGCUUCCGGCCUCGCCGGCCGGCGUCAACGUGCAUCCGGCUGCACACGCGCAGCACGUACUUCCGGGCACCGCGGUCACCGCGAAUCAUCAUCAGCACAGCCCGAGUCAGCACACGCCGCCCAACGGUUUCUCGCAAUCGAAAAGCUCGUUCUCGAACACCAGUCCAGGUGUUGGUCACAAUAUAGAGUCAGGGAAGGAUUUCACGGUCGACGGUCUCUCUGGUUUCAGCAAGAAGAAGAAAAAGAAGCGUCGUCAUAGCUCCAGGACGAUCUUCACGUCACAGCAGCUGGAGGAGCUGGAGGCAGCGUUCAAGGAGGCCCAUUAUCCGGACGUGUACGCCCGCGAGAUGCUCAGCCUUCGAACAGAUCUACCCGAAGACAGGAUACAGGUCUGGUUCCAAAACCGGAGGGCGAAGUGGCGUAAAACCGAGAAAUGUUGGGGUAGGAGUACCAUAAUGGCGGAGUACGGUUUAUACGGAGCGAUGGUGCGGCAUUCACUGCCGCUUCCGGAGACCAUACUGAAAAGCGCGAAGGAGAACGAGUCGGUCGCGCCAUGGUUGCUAGCUCAAUCAUCUAAGACGAGCAGCUUUAGUCAAGAUAUCGAAAAUAAUCAAGAAAUGAUUGACUGUGGCCCCGCAGGGAUGCACCGGAAGUCAAUCGAAGCGGCAGAACACCUUAAGUCAGGCGGGGAGGACAGCGGCAACGAUCACAACGGAAGCGGAAGCAGCCCGCAUCAUAAUCACCAUCAAGGCGGACCGACGAGCUCCGAGAGCGGACAAGAGAGCCAAGACGGAAUGGGCCCAUCCUCCUCGGCAGGAAUCGUUCAGGACACGGAGCAGCUAAGGAACGAGAGCAUCGCGUGUUUGAGGGCGAAAGCGCAGCAGCAUCAGCUGCAAUUGAGCCUGCAGCCGACAGCUGCGCCUACCAGCACCUCGUACCCUGCAGGACCCCAGUCGAGCACGCUUCACGCCUCCGUUUAAUCACCGUUCCGGCAUUCCUUCAUCGAAACCAGAAGACGCUCGAUUCACCUUUAGGGAACAGAACACUCGACAUUCCUCGCGGACGGCUCGAGCGUCUGCGAGCUUCGAGUCUUUCCCCAAAAAUCCCUUCUCUAUCAUCGAGUAAUCUAAUUUCGACGAAUCAGGGUAAACGCGUCCGCCCGUACUACGGGCGUCCGGACGCCGUAUCUAUGAUCACACAACGAAUACGAAUCACAGGGCUGCGUCAAUCGAAGUAAUCGCGCAGGGCCUAUGCAGUUUUCUCGCGUUUCGCUCGUCUCCUUCGGCGAAGGGUGACGGACAACGAGAAUCACUUCGAGCCGGUCCUCAUUCAACGAAACGGUGGCCUAUGGACGGCCAAGUACAAUGACGAAUCAUCGAUCGUCUCCACUCACCGUCGAGAUCUUCUCGUUUAAAAGUCGAAACCGGACGAAUCGACACCAAGUGGAUGACGAACAACUAAUUAGGAGUUAUAGUUGCUUUAAAUAGUGGGAGUAUAAAUAUAUUAUAAUAUACGUUGUAUGCGUGGCGACCACGGCUGAGAGGGAGGGAGAGAAAGACGAAGUAAGAGUGCAAUCGAGUAAUUUUGUGAAGAACCUGUUUCGCCUUUAGACCACCGAAAAAACAUUGCAACGAACGAACGAACAAACAACAAUUGAGUGAAAAAACCCACCGGACACAUCGAACUCUGACCUCGGACGCGCCUUUUACGACGUGGCUUCGGAGCGACGAUACGCUCUCUCCAAUGAUCUGAAUUGUCGAUCGAUUAUUAUUAUUAUUAUUAUUAUUAUUAUUAUUAUUAUUAUUAUUAUUACCAAUUAAAUUAAUUAAUUAAUUACGAGACCGUGUGUAAGUGUUUGUGAAUGAAUGGGACUGAAGUUUUAUGGGCAGCGAGACGGAGUGCAACGGAAUAUGUUUAUUAGCGGACACUUCCUAUACCCAAGUACUUAACGAAAAGACGUAACUGUUGUCAAAUGUGCAAUAUGUCGGUAUAAGUUAUAGAUCUGUAAGGUAUCAUACUUUAUUUACGGAUACAACACUACGCGAGGUGGUCGUCAGGGUAAUGGUGCCUUGACGGGCGAGCUGCACGCUCGGAGCUGAUUACAAUUCACCCCGGGAUGCAAAUUCGAUCGGUAGUAUUCUAAUUUUGACUAAAGGGAUUCGGACCUCGGCAUGGAGAGUCAUUAAAAAAAAAAUCAUUCUUUCCAUCCUGGAACUGACGCGUUUCUUUUUCAUAUAUUCCGGCUGAUUUUUAUUCUUCAAUUUUUCCGCGCCGCGAUGGCGCCGUUACCUUACCCCCACUGUAUAUAAAUAUAUAAAUACAAAGUAUAUAUAUAUAUAUAUAUAUAAAUAAGAAAAAUAUAAAUGCGAAUAUAUGUGGUUACGAGGAACGCUAAGUCGGACGAUAUCUCACCUUCGCUUGCAAUUGUAAGACAUUUCAUUCAAUCCUGAUCGCGUUUUUUUAUUUAACGAUCAAUUCGAUUUAUAUAGACAUGAAUUUUGACGAAGGGGAUUUCGCUCGCCUUAGAUCUACCGGACUAUAAACAUAACAUAACGCACUAUAAUUUAAACGAUAAAAUUGCGGGACGAGGUAACCACGGUGGUAAGGGUGAUAUAAAGAAAUAUGGUACACCGCUGUUGUGUUUGUGAGACAGACUUAAAACAACGCGCUUCGGAUCUCAAGCAAGUCUCCCCGUAUCCGAAUGCCCCAACGCAUGCAUAGUAGUCGGCUAGUGUAUGUAAUAAAUAAAGUUUCUGAACAAAACCAUACUA